UCUUUCUUCCCAGCGGAGGCAGGAACGGAGGUACCCGAGCAGCUACUGUUAGCAUGAACAACCAGGCUGUGGCACAGCAACAAAAAAUCUAGUUUGGAUGGCGAAAACUUAUUUUGAGCGCGUAGCUUGCUCGAUAAACGUUUCUUUUAGUGGGUAACCCAUACAUCUGCACCUCUGCGGUGUCUCGUUGCCCCUCCGGAUAAUCCCGUCGAGAUGUCCGCUUUCUCCGAGGCGGCUUUAGAGAAGAAACUAUCCGAGCUUAGCAACUCCCAGCAAAGUGUGCAAACGCUGUCGCUGUGGCUCAUUCACCACAGAAAACACUCGAAGACGAUCGUCACCGUGUGGUUCAGCGAACUCCGGAAAGCUCAGGUGUCCCGUAAGCUGACCUUCCUCUACCUGGCCAAUGACGUCAUCCAGAACAGCAAAAGGAAAGGACCCGAGUUCACGCAGGAUUUUGCGCCGGUCAUCGUGGACGCAUUCAAGCACGUUUACAGAGAGGGCGAGGAGAGCUGUAAGAAACAGCUGGGUCGAGUUUUAUCCAUCUGGCAAGAGAGAGCUGUUUAUGAGAACAACCUGCUGGAGCAGCUGUCACAAGUCCUGUACGGAGAAAAUAAAGCUAAGAAAAGGUCGUACGAGGAAAUCCACCCUGACGAGGGCUUCACUUCCAGUCGCUCCCCAGCUGAUCCGCCACAGACCGCCGAGUUGAUACGAGCCUUGCAGGAGCUCGAAAACGCCGCCUCCAGCGACUCGGUGCUACGCCAGCGCAUCUCAUCUCUUCCCGCCGAGGUGCAGGAUACGUCGCUUCUUCACCGGAUCACAGAUAAAGAGUCAGGAGAGCGGCUCUCCCGGCUCGUGGAGGAAGCCUGCAUGCUGUUGGCAGACUACAGCGGGCGCCUGGCGGCGGAGAUCGAUGACAGGAGGCAGCUGACUCGCACCCUAACGGUCUUCCUGCAGAGCCAGAAGGACGGCUUGGCCCAAAACGAGCAGAAACUUGAAGAAUACAAGAGAAAACUGGCGAGGGUGUCGCAGGUCAGAAAGGAGCUGCGAUCACGGCUGAGUGCUCUCUCAGAGGGACUCUACAACUCUUCUAAAUGACUGAAGUCUUUCGUCACCACUGCUAGUGAAACUGCUGAACUCACGUCUGCUAAAACACGACCCCAGCGUCUGUCUCUGGUGAUCCUGUGGUCCUUGUUCCGUCUCGGGACGGAUCCUUCCAUCGACGUCUCCAGCUUUCUCCGUGUACAAGCUCGUGUUUUAAUGUAAAACACUGUAAACUAAAAUUAGUUAACUCUAACUCUUUGCAGCUUCAAAGUGGUCUGCCUGCUGUGGUUUUUCUAUUUGUAGGGACUUAAAUAAAGUAGAAUUUGUAUCUAUUCAGGAACGCUUUAGUUAAAAUAAUGUUAACAGACGCGCUUCCUCGGAUUGAUGAAGUCAUUCAAACUUAAAUCACUGAUUAUUUUACACCACAAUUGCAAAAACGGUCAUAAUGCAUAAAUCGAACCACAACAUUAUGUUUCUUUGUGUAAGGGUCGUCCUGAUUGGUCACAAUAUAAGUUUGCAUGUAAGUACAGUGGAGGUGUACUUCCUUUCAAUCGUGUUAUAUGUGUCAAAGAGUUUCCAGAACAAUUGACACGUUUAUCUCCUUGUUUUUAUGUACAUGCACAAGUGAAGGAGUGUUAUGUUUGAUGUGUUCUCUCUCUAAUGCUGUGCAGAGGCUUCACACACCUUGACAAAUGUUCCGAUUUCCAAAGCAAGACUAAGAAAAUGUCUGUUUUUUGUAAUGAAGCAGCCAAGGCUUAUUAGAACCAAAUAAAUGCAAAAUGUA